GAAAAAUGUUGUGCUUGUGUUCCUGUUGCUGCAAAAAUACAGUAGCGCUGCUACCUUUGUGUUUGCUCCUGUUGAGUUUCUUUGGAAGCCUUGGCGCGAAUAAAAUUUGUGGAGUUCUUCAUAUUCUCUGAGUUUGAGUUUGAUUUUCGUGAUCAUGGACAAGAAGAGUAGCUAGGGCAUAACCAUGGAGCUAGGAUAGCUACGGAGGCUCAGUCCUCCAGCGCUCGACAGCUUUCGAAAACGAGCAAGAUGGCAGCUACCGGGUGGGCCUGCUCGCUUAUUUUACUUGUUACCAUCAUCUUUGUGGAUCAUGCUUUAGUUGCAGCGGUGCUUGAUUGUCCUCCGCCGGUGCCGUGUAACUGCAAAUGCGACUGCGAAUCCAUUACCUACGGAACCCCAGCCCCGGUUCCUAGUCUUUUUCUGCAACUGAAGAAAAAGAUGAAGGCAGCUUCACGGAGAAGCACCAGUUCAUCCGAGGACAAACCGUCACCGAAGAAGACAGCGCUGCUGCAGACUGGUCGUACCAUGAUGAAAGCAGAAACUGCAUCUGCGAAGCCGCCACCGCCCGUGGAUCGGAGCUUUUGUCCCGAAGUCGGCAGCUGCAAUUGCUUCUGCCCGUGUCGGGAUUCCUAAACCAACGUCGAGUUUGCUCAUUUCAUGAUCGUACUGACGUAAAUCUUCUUUUCCAGCGAGAGCGACGUACCCAUGUUUGCGAGUUCGUAAUCGUAUGGGUAUCGACAAGGACAAACUCGUAUCGAUUGACUAUAGAUGGACAGGAAGAGUUCGAGUUGUGCCAACCGGUGCCUUUUCUACCUCUGCAGCAAUUUGCACCGCUCGAGGGAAAGAACGAGUUGUGUGUUUUUCUUCUCUCAAUAUGAGCACUCAUGUAGCCAAAAGACCCACAUCUAUAUCAAGACCGAAACUUCUAGUAAGUACAAAUUUUUAGGUCGUUACGAUCCAUCAUCGUGUUGCGCGU